AUGCCGCCAACUACGCUCACAACCCCCCUCACCCUCCAAAUCCCCGCGGAACCCCUCACUCGCACCGCCUUCGCCCCCUUCGGCGACGUGAUCGAGAACCCUCACCCGGAAGUCCGCCCCGCCGCCUCCCUCCCCGCCACCGUAUCCACCUCCUUCAGCGCCGUCUCCGCAAACCAAGGCACAGCCAUAAAGUACCAAAACGUCUCCUCCCCUCUGGACCUCUACCCGCAAGCUCCCUCCCGCGCCGGCCGCCCCAUCGUGAGCAUCUUCUCCUGCGCCGCACGGCAGCUCGAGCCCGCCGCCCCCCUGGCGCAACCGCCCAUCUCGACGCUGCUGCCGUAUACCUACGCCGGUCCCAGCAGGGGCGGCCGCUUCAGAGUGAGCGUGCUGGAACGACACCCUUUCACGACACAGACGUUUGUCCCCUUUUCUGCUUCUUCGUCCGUGAGCGGCGCGGCGUACCUCGUCAUCGUGGCACCUACCCUCCCGACCCCCAGCGCGCAGACGGAUUCCCUCCCGGCGCCGGCCACCGGCGGCAAAGGCCGGGGUCUCCCGGACAUCAAGGGCCUCAAGGCCUUUGUGGCGUCCCCGGGCCAGGCCGUGACCUACGGUGCGGGAACGUGGCAUGCGCCCAUGGUUGCGCUGGGACCGCAGGGCACGGCAAUUGACUUUGUCGUGACGCAGUUUGCGAGCGGCGUGGGCGUGGAAGAUUGUCAGGAGGUAGAGUUUGCGGGCGCGGGCGAGGACGCGGGUAUCGUGGUGCAGGUUCCUGAGAGGAUGCCUGUUGUUGCGAAGUUGUGA